AUGGGGGUAACUGUCUACUUCGUUGACCGUGUUGGUUACGUUAUUGGCAAGUUUGUGUCGUACGUAGAGGGCGCGGUGGCUGAUGUUGUUACCGACGCUGCUUCUGCCAUUCUUCCUCAUCAAGUGAAGUCGGAGAUCGUGGUUUACAUAAGAUGCUGGAGGCAGGGGGAGUAUUCCCUGGUCGAACCGAAGACAGAAGUAGCACAAUUGGCAAAGGAUAACGUUUACAGCAUCGAGGUUACUAUCGACACUGCUGCCGUAAGUUGAUUUGUUACCUAAAAUUAGAUAAUCUUAAAGUGAAUUGAAAAAAUAAGGUAAAUCAAGUUUUUAGACACUUUUAAUGGUGUUCCAUUAGCUUUGUUAUUGUUUGAAGACUUUUUUUUAAAGAUUAGGUAACAUUUUAUGGAAAGUCUAACAUAACGAUGUCCAUGUUGUUCUAAACCGUGUUAUUUUUCAGAAAACACGGUUUCUGAUAGUUACUGAUCAAUACAAAUUUCUAAAAAUUUUUGAGGACAACUAUUUGUCGCCGAGGGAGAUGAUGGCCACACUGAAGUUGAUGAAUGUUCGCUCCGAAAUGAUCAUUCACUUUGUUAUAGUAGAUGGAGACGAGUUUGUAGAUAUAGUGGAUACGAAUUCCAACUAUAAGAUAUGGGGGCAAACGGUGAUAGCUGUAGUGGCUUUGGAGGUAAGUUGGUUUAGAUUGAUUUAUACUUGUCAUACCUUUAUCAUCCUUUCGUUAUCGAAACGUUAUAACUAACGCGUUACCUUUAAAAUUAAAAAGCUAUCUUCUUUUUGUGAUUCCAGGCCGAAAUAACCAUGUACACAUCUGAUGACAUACCCAAAGGAAUCCUGGAUUCUAUUGAUAUGGGCAGUGCUGUAUACAAAAGUCCAUCUUUAAUAAAACAACUUACUACUAAUAACGAUAUUACUAACGACGAGUGGGACAUAUUCCAUGACGAAUUCUUGAAACCGUUUGCUAAGUUGGCUCCAAAGUAAGGUCUGAAAGUAAAGGGAACUUGCCUUUUUUCAGAAAAGUCCUCAACCGAACUCAACUAAUGACCUUCUUGUACCUACUGGCUGAAUAUCUGGAGGUGAGUCAUUUUGUGUAAAACAGUCGGGGCUCAUCCAGAACAAGCUCCCAUACCUUUAGAAAAUCUCAGAUUGUAGCAGCUCUGUUCAUUUUACGAAUACUUAUGUAUCCUUCUACUUGGCAUCAUCUUUGAAAUACUCUCUUCGUGCUGGGACCAAUUUAAUGGCGGGAAACCAAGGAUUUAAACUAUUUAUAAUUUAUUUUUUAGGACCGGCACGUUGGUGUUGUGCUUAUCAAAGAGGAGGUUAUCGAUAAACUACUGGUACUCGCGGAACAAAUCAACAUUGAAAUCACUAAAACUAACAAGACCAAACUGAUCGACUUCUUUCACCAGGCUUUCUCUCGGUAUCUGCUAGUAGAGGAUACAAAAAGAAUGGCACGGAUGGAGGUUAUCGUUCACGUUUACCUGCCAGACUUUAAUGUACAGCGGAUGAAGAUACCUGUGAAUGAGGUUGUCACAACCAACGACCUUGUUAAUGCUGUGGUCAGACGGAAGAGAGGGUUUGAGAGUAAACAUCUGACCAGAAUGUCGUUUUUUAAUGGAGAAGAACUUGUGAGUAUCGAUGGGAAUCGGUUGGUGCACCCUGAGUUCGAGUACUCGAUGACUUUGAAGGUAGGUCAAACUUAUGAUUAUAAAUUGUAACUUUUGAUUUUAAAUUCUUAUGCUUUUUGGUUCUAUUCUUACUCAAUUGUUAUAUCAACUUAGCAAAUACCUUUAGAUGGAAGAGAGUUUGUGCAUUUUGAUGGACGAAGACUGUAAAGUCUUGACUAUGUUCACAUAUGACGAAAGUGAUCUGAUGGUUUCCGAGCUUUUGGACUGUGUCAAAGAGGAUUAUCAACUCUAUGCUGACAAUAUAAUGGGCAUCUUCUAUGUUCGGAAUGGGCAAAUCGUAAACUUGAGACAAUGUGAAGCUUUGGAAACGUUGUCUGAAGUGUUUGUUCAGAUCUACAAUGGACCUGUAGGUUAUAAGAAUAUGUGGGAUAAGUAAAGUAUUAUAUCAUAUUAUUAUGUAUGGGGGUUUACGCAAAAGAUGUAUUAUAUAAAACGUUUAAAAGUAUAUACGAUUUUAGAUUAUUAACCCUAAUUUCAGUACAAAGAUCUGAACAAUCAAAAAUCGUUCGAAAAGUUGCCGGACAUGCUAAGGUUCUCUAAAGAUAAUAUUCUGAACACUUCUUCGGACAAGGAGAAGUUGCUCAAGAAUCUGAAGAAUAAUGUCGCUGUUGAUGGGAAAGAGUUGCUGAGGCUCGCGUUUUAUGUUUGUUGGAAUGCCUACAUCACCUUGAGAAAGAACUUUGACGAUGCUGAGUCGGAGAUGUUGGUCAACUACAACUUUAACUUCUCGAAGAGACUUAAGGUAGGUUAUAGUUUAAUGAAGUUGGGUAUGGUUAGUCAAAAAGUAUAUAAAUUUUUGUAUAUUUUUAAAUUUUAUUUAUACUGUAUUUUAUAUUCUCACCUAUUUUCAGAAUCGCCUAAAGGCCAGGGAAUGUAAAAUCCGUGAUUACUACGUAGAUUACUUUAACUUUGCUUGGAACAUGGUGUAUAUGAGAGUGUAUCACCAACGAGUACAAGCUAUUCAGAAGCUCAGUAGAAAACAGGUAUCCACGAACUUUGAGAAGAAUCCCCACUUUGUGUUCUUCUCUUCUCACACUUCGAUGGAUGAUAAGAAGGCCAGCAGGAAGGCGACUAAGGCUUUCGUAUGUUUAUGUUAUGUUACUAGGACAAUGAAGCGUGUUUUACUUGUAAUAACGAUAUUUUAUAAAAAAAAUUUUACUAUUUAAAGUCUAGAGUAUGAGAAAUGGAUGUUUUACAUAGUGUAAUGCAAGUUCCAACUUAAUUUUUUAAAUUAUUUAACUCAUUUUAGACUUGUGAUGUCGUCACCUGUGACAACAAGUGGGUUGACAAUUUUGUCUUUGACAAUCAUACCUUUUCGUUGCAAUUGUUGGAGAGAUUGGCCAAGAGAUUUGAACAACCGGUCGAAUGUGUUUGGCUGGGAACGAUCGAUGGGAGAAGUUACGAUACUGUAACAUCGGAAUCGAUCUCUGAGAACAACGUUUACGCGUUCAUCACUUUUGUCAAGGUUGGUGUUUUAUUUUUGAGUUAUAACAUUGUCACAAUAUAUUAUAGUUUAUAUUAAUUACUACUUUGAUAUUAAUGCAGUUAUUACUUUGUUACAGUAUAUUAUAGUUUAGAUUAUAAUGCUAAAAUUUUAGAGAAUUGAAGACGGUGGAGCACCAUUAGUAAGUAUCCCAUCCUCGUACCCACAAACUUUGAAUGAGAUUCUGGAGAAGAAGGGGAAACACUUGAUUGAGAAGGUUCGGGAACGAAGCUUGUCGAUCCAAGAUAAGACUGACAUCUUGUGCAAUAUCAUGUUCACUUUCUACGAAGAAUACCCAUAGUAAGUUGUCAGCUUGAAUAUUAAUUUAUUAAUUACCUAAAACAAUAUUUUUUAAUCAAAUAUUUUCAUGUUGUAGUAGAUGCCCGUACCCUACCGAAAUAGGCGUGUACAUCAACUUUAUUCUACAGAAAGAAGGUGACGAUCUCUACAAGGUAGGUUCUGGCUUCAGCUAUAAAGUUUUAUGUAUAUAGUUAAUGUACCUAUGUGGAAUUGUCAUUAUAUUUUUGAAUUUUAUUUUAUUUUGGAGGUGAUUACAAUGAGUAGAUGCUUACCAACAAUAACUAAACUGAAAUUUUAGGAUAUUUGUCAUGUUGCCGACGAGGAUGGGAAAAACCUUUGUGUAACAGUAAUGAACUCGUUCCAACCACUUUACAGUAACUUAAGGAUUCACACUAUGAAGCAGAUUGCAGCUGGACUUGUGACUCCACAGUUCAUAUCUCUGUAUCGAGAACCGAAGAUGGUCGGCGAAGAGGACAUUAUAGUGCUAGAAGAUGACGAUGAAGGGGAGCAAGUGGUCAAGAAUGUCUGUGUAAAAGCAGAAACUGACGUGUGGCAUACGAUCGAUGAGAUUAUUAUGGAUACGGAUGAGGAGGGGUGAGUGUUAGAGUGGUCAUGUUAAGGUAGAGCCAACGUUUUUAAAGGUGAUCGUUUCAAACUUGCAAACCUGGCAAAAUUAACCCAGUCUUUGUCGUUUUUACUGUUUUUCACAUUUAGUACAGUACCAUGAUUUUCAAUUUCAACUCUAAAAUUUUUAAUUUUAGAGACAAGGAGAACAGCUCAGGGGACGUAGAGAUUCGUUUUAGAAAUAUUGAUGUAAAGAACUAA